AUGACUGCUGACUACACUGCGCCACAUGUCGAAUCCAAUGAAAUCUCUCCCCACACGACAAUUCGGGACGUGACGAACGAGAUGCACAGACGUCAUCUUAUUCCUGCGGAGAGCACUCGACUGGAGUGCUACGCCACGUAUUGGCCUUAUUCGGCGGAGGCUCUCAAGCCCUGUCAAACUGCCAUGGAGAUAGGUGUCGAGGACGGAUGCACCAUACUCGUCGAUAUCCGACUUCGUGGUGGGUCUUCCACAAUGCCUGGCUUCGAUGCAGGCGAACGUCAUAGCAUCCAAGACCAUCCUAGGCAUUCUACAUCUGAGCCGUUGGCUUCUGGCUCAACGUCUAUGCCUUGUGGCCCCAACGACGAACCCGAUAACAAUGCGUACCCAGAUGAGAACAACCGGGCUCAGAACAUCCCUAAGAAGCGACGGAGGCAAAGAAACGCAGUCUACGUCGAGGUACCGCGUAUCUCUCGAGCGUCCAUUAGGCCAAGAAUACCGUCUCCCAACGAACCUGUCGACGACCCGGGUCUCGAAAAUCACUUUUCCGCCAUCGAAGCUCCUCGCAUUCCUCUCACACCUAUUCAAUCCACCCGAAAUGGUAAGGAGCCCUUGUCAGCCCUUAACGAAGAUGAAUAUACCGACGAUGAAGAAGGACCUCGUAAGAGGGUUCGCUUGCAGGCGUUGGCCUACCUGCUUGAGAGCGAGGGCGAGGGCGAGGGCGAGGGCGAGGGCGAGGGCGAGGGCGAGGGCGAGGGCGAGGGCGAAGACGGGGACGGGGACGGGGACGGGGACGAGGACGGGGACGAGGACGAGGACGAGGACGAGGACGAGGAAGAGGAAGAGGAAGAGGAAGAGGAUGAGGAUGAGGAUGAGGAUGAGGAUGAGGAUGAGGAUGAGGAUGAGGAUGAGGAUGAGGAUGAGGAUGAGGAUGAGGAUGAGGACGAGGACGAGGACGGAAGCGAGUACCAGGACAGCGAGCUUGACGAAGGAAGGGUCCAAGGCGACGAACAUAGGAAGGAGGUACGACGCACAAAGGUCAGGCGCGAACUCUCAGGGUCAUCUAAACAGCAGCCCGUUCAGGCGGCAGAUCCUCCCUUUGCGUCAUCCGAUCCAAGGCCGCCUUUAUCCUCGAUGCCUACCGCGCCUCAGCAGUCGUCGUCGUCGAGCAAGUACCUUCCCAAGACGAGUUUUCUGUCGAGAGACCAGUUCACUCUUUCCGAAGGGCAACUGCUUAUUGCUGGGAAGCCCUUGACCUGUGAUCAUUCGCCAUUCCAAGACCGGGAACAGGAGAUGCAUCUACAAAGCUGCCCGGUAGUCAACCACUUUUGGUACUUGCACAGGCUGGGUGGGUUUAUCGCUUGCGAGCUGGAUCACGAACUCUACGCUGGAAACGUUAAGGCACUCAAGAGUCACAUCAGGAAACACUUCACCCUAACAAAUGGAAAGCGGCCUAGCCCCAAGGUGAUCGAAGCAAUCGCAACGCACCUCCUCCUUGCGCACAAAGACGACAAGGAGCCGUACAAGGGCGACGACGAUCUGAAGGGAAUGCUCAAAGCCACACGGGAACAGUCACUCUCAGUUAUCGACAACAAUCCACCUUCCCCGUUUCUCCCCCCCUCUUCUUGGCAUACCCCACUCGAUCUCGAAGUACGCUUCAAAUGUGGACACAACGGAUGCACGAGUUGGAGUGUCUACAAGGCCGCGCCUUCCAGAUCUAGACGCGAUGGGACCUCGACGGAGAAUCAAAAAUGUCAAGCCUUUUUACACCAUCUCGGAGCGCACGAAGACAUAGUAGUCCCCGAUAUCAAGAAGCUUCAGCAGUGGCCGAAACGAUGGACGUUCACAUGGAACAAUACGUUUUUCGGACUCCCGAAGAAUUACACUCCGCCGCCGCCACCGCCACAGCCGGAACCAGCCCCUCACUUCUCCACGAUUCAACCUCACUCAGAUCCAGCAGCAGUAGAAACACAACACGACCCUACGACGAUUCUUCCCGAGACCUUCUACUCCGACGUACUGGGCUGGGGCUUUUGGUUGAAGCAGCAGAGGUGUAUCGAGCCUGCGGUUUUCAGUUGGUUGGGCCAGAGCCCUUAUGUCGCUCUAGACGAUAUAAGGCAUGGUCGAGCCGAAGAACGCUCGCAGUUCCGUCCGCAUGAGGAAGUCCUUUGUAGAGGCCUGAAGGAAGUCGUAUCAACAUCUGCCUCCUACAUCAACGAUGCGAAUCAGGUUCUACAUGGUGGCCAUCGACAGAUACGGGAUAUCGUCGCGGUGGACGGAUCGUCAAUGCAUGUUCUCAUUCGCUGGGAGUUCCUCCGCCGCAUAUCUUCCUCGAUGAGGUUUCCAGGCCUCAAAAGUGGAUUCGACAAGAGCCCGCCAUUUCCGCCUAACCAGAUGAAGCUCGGUUCAAAGCUUUUCGCCCUUGUUAUAGCAGUCGGCGAGGGGAAGAUCCAGCCGGGCGAAGAGUUUCAGCAGUCCUUUCAUAAACUCGCUGAGGCGAUUUUGGUGACGAAGCUUAGUGACUACAAAAAGUCGGACGAGGCUAUCUUCGGCGCCGUUGAUGUCGCGUUGAUUUCCUUCUGUCUUCGCCCGGAUGGAACUUUCAGACCAGAUAUCACAUCUGGCUCCUUAGAGAUUCCCAGGCAGAGAUACGGACUCCGGACAGUGCUGGUACAUCUCGGCAGGUUGGACGGACGAGAGUAUUCGAUGCCCAUUGAACAGGCCGGAGAUGAGGAUGACGACGAGUCGGAUCCAGAAUUUGUCGAUGAGUUCGAUGAGUACCUCGCGCUUACCGGAAGCGAGACUAUCGCAUGCGCAGCCGUCCUUGCAGAUGUGGCGUAUGGGCCUGAGCCAGAGGAAGGUCUUAGGUUGGAAGAGGAGGAGACAAUUGGGACGGGCUCGACGGAUUACAUGGACAUGAGCGCAGUCGAUGUUGCUUCCUUCUUUCGGGUGGAAGUGGAUGAGCAUGGACAAGUGGUUGAUGGGGAGGACGAUGCAGAGCUGGCGAGUUCAGCACCAGAAUGUAGGAGCAUGUUGAGUGUGAUAAAGGAGCUCAUCCAGACUGUCACCCCGGCGACUGAGAAUUCCGACUCUCGGUUCCGUUCGUACGCUUAUGGCAGAAGCAGCAGUGUAUGGGGAGCUUUCUACAACGAGUCUCUGAAACAACCCAGUCCUGUCCAGUUCCAUUGGGCGCCGGGCAACGAUCUCAUUCUCCAUAUCAUCUGGCGUACCCGCCAACAACGACAGGUUCUGGACCUCAGUAACUGGCGCAAAGGCAUCAAGCUGGUUAUAGGAGACCUCCAUGGGCAUGUACAGGACAUUCUCGGUGACGAUCCCGACCUUAAUUUGCAGAAAUGCAAUUCCCGAAUCCCCUCUAUCAUCAAGGACGACUCUGCAGGCUCUUUCAUGGACGAUGACACCAAUCUCGCCCCUCUCCUUCAGGAUAUUACGGAGAAGAUUUAUCUUCGCUUCAAACAGCGUCUACGUCGGACGAAACUUCUCGGCCCAAAGAACCCUAUGAUCAAAGACCUCCUCAGACAGGACCUCCUUGUUCAGGAGGAUCUUGCUUUCAUUGUGGCGACCUCGAUGGGCUAUUCACCACGUAGCUUUCAGCAACUUGACAUGCAGAUCAGAGAGACGCUCCCGACUUUGGACUCCCCUGGCUCCCCCAGAUGCUUUAGGUUCAUCAUGAAUGAGCUCACGUUUGCUUUUCCACCAAAGAAGGGCUCCGAUCAGACCAGGCGGCAGGAGACGUUAUGGAAGGUCCCUGACGAUGUGGCCCCAAUCCUCAUCAUCUACUAUGGAGCAAUACGCCCCUUCCUCAUUCGUGUUCUCCAGCUCGGGACAGUCACCGCAUCGGAUGUCCGUGAUUCUGGUGCUCUGGAAGGGUUGCGGAUACACCCUUUUGUGCACGCACAGCUUUCGAGGGGCAUGACCGGUCGUCCUUGGCAGGCCAAGCACCUAAAUGCUGCUCUGGGCAGUGUAAUCAGCCGUAUUGAAUCUCGAGCUGGACAGCUUAUCUCCAACGUAGACGGAAAGCUUCUUCGACAGAUUUUUCAGGCCAUCAUUAGGAAACAUCUUCCCGCUAUCGCUGGAGGACUGCCAGGCUCAAGCCGCAUACAACAGGAGAGGGCAGACACUCCGAGUACCAUCGCCAAUACACUUACUGCGUCCGCCGGCCACACUGCAGCCACCGAGGCCAUGAAUUAUGGACGACUAGCAGAUGGUCAGCCCCACCCUUCCCAGACAAUGUCAACCGGUCAAAUUGUCCAGUUCAUCGAUGUUAGUAGAGCUUGGCAAUGGUGGUUAGGUAUCGGGGACAUCACGGACGACUUCCUACGACAAUACAAUAUGACUCUCCCUUUGGCUAGUGAGGAGUGGUGUAACCAGGUUGCAUUUGACCGUGCACGACAUCUGGCGCGGUUGAUCAUGGGCGGUUUGAAUGCAGAUGAUGCGAAACAGAAACUUGUGUAUCUAAAUGAUAGGACACCAUUUUUGAGAGGUCUCGCUCCUGAGCUGGAUUAUCGCCCGGGGGAAAUCCAGCAAUGUGUUGUCAGCGAAACAUGCCUUCUUGACGUGUCGGCGGCUGUUCGGUAUGGAUACCUUCGCCCGUCACAGCAGACGCCGGCCCCACCACAGGGCUACCAAGUUUCAGUUGUGGCACAAGCAUGGGUUAUGCUCUUUGUUGCCUUUUCUGAGUAUCGUUCAGGGUCUUGGGUACCCAUCACUCUUAAUGAUGCAGAGGUGCAGACUUGGAUGGAUUCCACACGAUCCGAAUUUGCCACUCAGCUUACCAGCCUGAAGACAAAGUUUCCCGACCAAUGGAAUCAUUUUGGCGAGAGGAUCCAUGCGCUCGCCAAAACAUCUAUCAAGGACCGAAUUGAUAGGUGCACAUCGGUUCUUGACCUGCCCGAGGCUGUUCAUCGUGAAUGGUAG